AUGGAUGAUUCUUAUAUUAUCGCGAAUUUCCAUGAUCUAUGUCGUCUGUGUUUGUGCAAAAGUGGACUUACAGUUUCCAUAUUCUGUAAUGUAACUGAUGAUGAAGAAAACGGCUCGCUAACCUCGAAAAUAGCGGAAUGCUUUGAACUGCAGAUGGACCCCAAUGAUGGCCUCCCUGCAAGAAUUUGCUACAAAUGCCUUUUUAAGGUGAAUAAGUGCUCAAAAUUUCGAUCUUUGUGCAUAGAAAGCGAAGCCAGGUUACGGAAGAUUACGAAUCGUGUUAGUGAACUUGCAAACUCUGACAUAUCUGAUUUAAAUUACAUACAUACUGAGCAGAAGCCCAAGACAGAGAACUAUAUUGUUGAAGAUAGCGUUGUAAUGGUAGUAGAUCCAAGUCUUGACUAUGAUUCUUCAGAGGAAUCGGAAAAUGUAGAACAAAGUGAAAUAGAGCACCCAGAACCAGACAACACAGGUGACCUUGAACCUGUACAGGAAUCUUUCUUUAAAAAUGUAUCAAUGUGUCAAUACUGCGAUCAAGCAUUUAUAUCUCAAGAGAAGUGUAGUGAGCAUGAGCACAACUAUCAUGAUCCAAAACAUCCAUACAAAUGUACUGAAUGCAGUAUUGUUUUUGCUGAAAGAAAUUUAUACAUUGGUCAUUCUAAAGCUGUCCACGGCAGUGACAAGCCCUACCACUGUCCAGAAUGUGACAAAUGUUUUGGUCGCCGGUCUGACUUAAGAAAACACUCAAUUGUCCACACAGGUAUCCGGCCAUAUCAGUGUCAUUUUUGCCUUAAAAGCUUUUCUCGAAACACAAACCUUAGUAAACAUUUAAGAAUUCAUGCUGGCCAUAAGCCUCACGUUUGUCCAAUAUGUCCCCGAAGUUUUGUAGCUAAAGGUGAUCUACAAAGACAUGUUCUAAUUCACUCUGGAAUGAAACCAUAUGCAUGCCAGAAAUGUCCUCUUACAUUUGGUAGAAAGGACAAAUUGGUAAAGCAUGAGCUUAGACAUGGCCAAUCGUUACUACAUAGGAAUGACCAAGAUAAUAAUGACAUGGUGGUUAGUGUAAAUCCAUAUAGCAAUAUGAUGUCUCCACCUAGUGAUAAUCUCAACUGUAAUGAGUAUGACCUUCCAAGAGUUCCUGACCACAUAACUGGAGAGGGUAGCUUUUUGAAUCACAUACAGAAGGCACCUUCGACAUCUGCUAAACAUGUAAAUAACUCCCCACCUAAACAGAAAUCUCCAAUAGGAAGUAAAAACAGACCUAAAAAUAUUAAAUGUCACCAAUGCCCAAAAAGGUUUUCUUCUUUGGAUGCAUAUAAAACUCACGUGUCCAUUGCACACAUAGGAUCUAGAGUUUUUCAGUGCAAAGUAUGCUUCAAGAAGUUUUCCCGAAAAAGAGAAUUAGACCGUCAUGCAUCUGUCCAUGUAACAAAUUUAUUUGAUUGUAGCCAAUGCGAUAAACAAUUUACCAGAAAAGAUAAGUUGGAUAAACAUGAAAAAUCCCAUGAAUGCUUAGUUGUAAAUAUGCCCUGUAUCGAAUGUGGUGCAACAUUUGAAAAAAAGCCAGAUUUGGUGGCGCAUAUUAAAUCUCAUUUCACUGAUAAUUAUGACGAUAAAACACAAACAGAAAUAAAAAAAGAGACUGAACCUGAAUUUCCCACACAGGAUAAUUUUUAUGACCUUGAGACCUGA